AUGGCUAAAUGCGUGUUAGCUACGAACGAGGAGGUUGCUAUGGCAGCUAAAGAAAGGUCGCACCUAUUCAUACUUUCGAAUGAAUCUAGAAGGGCGACUAUUGAUCCAUCUAUCAGCGACAAAGAAUCUCUAACGUCAUCAUCUGUUCCAGCAACUCAGGUGCCACCACACUUAUCACAAGAAGAGCGUGAAGUUGAGCUGGAGGAAAAUGAAUCGAAAAGAAGAUUUUGGUCUCCUGAUGAAGAUGUGGUCCUUGCGAAGUCAUGGGCAACUAUAAGCACUGAUGCAAUCAUUGGUAAUGACCAGAAGGAUCAAGCUUUUUGGAAACGCAUUGCUGAUUACUACAACAAACAUCGCCCCACUGGAUCUAUGACUAAAAGUUAUCAGCGUCUGAAAUCACAUUAUUACAGGUUUGCACCGAUGGUAAAUAAAUUUUCUACAACUUAUAAUAAUUUUUAUACUCAUCGGCAAAGCGGUUGGAGUGACGAGAAUAUGUUGGAGAAUGCACUGAAUAUGUGGAAAGCCAACAACAAUAACAAGGAUUUUAAGUAUAUGCAUGUGUGGAGAGUUCUCAAAGACUACAAGAAAUAUACUCUACAAUCAGUUGCUCAUUACUCUAACAAGAAGGCAAGGAUAUCCGAGUCAGGAGGAAACACUUCAACAUUAAAUCCAGAUACAAGUGUUGAUUUAGAUGACUCUAAAGUCCGCAUUCGUCCGAUAGGACAAAAGGCAGCGAAGAGGAAGGGCAAAUCUAAAGCCAGAGAGGGCGACACAACGGAACAUAACAUCGACAAAGAAUGGCUCUGCGGGAAGCCGAGAUCUUUCAUAAGGAUUAUGAAAUUCUUAUGA